AUGGAGUGGCAGCUGCUGUCCAUGCUUCUGCUGGCGUCUGCUGCACUUCUGGCAUCCGCGUGCCCCAAGCGCUGCAUGUGCCAGAACCUGUCCCCGUCCCUGACCAUCCUGUGCGCCAAGACGGGCCUGCUGUUUGUGCCGUCGUCCAUCGACCGCCGCACCGUGGAGCUGCGUCUCACAGAGAACUUCAUCACGGCGGUGCGCCGCCGCGACUUCGCCAACAUGACGCGGCUGCUGCACCUGACGCUGUCGCGCAACACCAUCAGCCAGAUCAUGCCUUACACCUUCGCCGACCUCAAGCGGCUGCACGCGCUGCACCUGGACUCCAACCGGCUCAGCGCGGUGGAGGAGGACCACUUCCGCGGGCUCACCAACCUGCGCCACCUCAUCCUGGCCAACAACCAGCUGCACCACAUCUCGCCGCACGCCUUCGACGACUUCCUGGGCACGCUGGAGGACCUGGACAUGUCCUACAACAACCUGGUGGACGUGCCCUGGGAGACCAUCGCCAAGCUGACCAACGUCAACACGCUCAACAUGGACCAUAAUCUGAUCGAGCACGUGCCGCAAGGGGUGUUCUCAAACAUGCUGAAGCUGGCGCGGCUGGACAUGACGUCGAACAAGCUGAAGAAGAUCCCGCCGGACCCGUUGUUCCUGCGGCUCCCCCACGUCUUCGCCAAGGCCCAGGUGUCGCCGACCUCGCUGGUGAUGAGCUUCGGCGGCAACCCGCUGCACUGCAACUGCGAGCUGCUGUGGCUGCGGAGGCUGACGCGCGAGGACGACCUGGAGACGUGCGCCUCGCCACCCGACCUGACGGCCAAGUACUUCUGGACCAUCCCGGAGGAGGAGUUCAUCUGCGACCCGCCCGUCAUCACGCGGCGCACCGCCAAGACCUACGCCAUGGAGGGCCAGCCGGCCAGCCUCAAGUGCAAGGCCAACGGCGACCCCGACCCGGACGUGCACUGGAUCUCGCCCGAGGGCCGCCUGAUCUCGAACACGUCGCGCACGCUGACCUUCAGCAACGGCAGCCUGGAGAUCAACAUCACCUCGCUCAAGGACUCGGGUAACUUUACGUGCAUCGCGUCCAACGCGGCGGGGGAGUCGACGGGCGCCGUGGAGCUGAUCGUCAACCCGCUGCCACACAUGGCCAACAGCACCAACCGCGUGCGGACCGGAGAAACGGACUCUAUUCCCUCGGACAUACUCACCUCCUCCGCCAAGUCCACGGGGGCUGGUGGUGUGGCCAAUGAGACGUCGAGAGGGCAGGAAAAGAAGGUGGUAUUGGUGGAGCUAACGAUGAACUCGGCCCUGAUCAAGUGGCCGUCUCAGCACCACUUCCCUGGAAUACGCAUGUACCAGGUGCAGUACAACAGCUCUGUGGAUGACACGCUCGUCUACAGGAUGAUUCCGUCAAGCAGCCAAGACUUCCUGGUUCGCGACCUGGUGUCGGGGCGCGAGUACGACCUGUGCGUGCUGGCGGUGUACGACGACAGCCUGAGCUCGCUGACGGCCACGCGGCAGGUGGGCUGCCUCACCUUCGUCACGGAGGCUGAGUACAGCCAGUGCCAGUCGCUCCACAGCCACUUCCUGGGUGGCACCAUGAUCAUCAUCAUCGGCGGCAUCAUCGUGGCCUCCGUCCUCGUCUUCAUCAUCAUCCUCAUGAUCCGCUAUAAGGUCUACAGCAGCGGCGUCGGACCUGGAGGCGGAGGAGGAGGCGGGGGGAGCGGUACCCGGGGGGAUGCGGGGAAGAUGAUGCACAGCGGUGGUGGCGCCAUGACGGCGGCGAUGCGCUCGCAGACUAACGGGCAGUCGGCGGCGGGGCAGGUGCCCCACUCGGGCUCCAAGAUGACGGACUCGUCGACGGAGGACCGGUCUCCGGUGUCGCCCGGAGGGGGAGGGGGAGGAGGAGGGGGGGCCAGUGGGACAGUGGUGGCCCUAGGGUCGCCUAACGCAGGGGGUAGCCUGAAGGACUCCGUGGCCCUGGUGGUGGACUGUGACAAGGCGGACAAGGCGGCUCGUAUAGAGCUGACGGGGAUGGGCAUGGGGAUGGGUGAGGACAUUGUUUCGCCCACCAGGAGGCGCCAGUCCAGGACUUACAUAGAGCUCAAAUCACAGCCGCCGCUGCUGAGCGGCAAAGAGGGGAAGAGUGCGGAGCUUUUAGAGACGUCGGGUCGGGUCGCAGGCAACGUCAGGUUCUCGUCUGGACUCCUCAACCUGGGCGUGGCUGGGGGAACAGGUGGGGAGAAGUCACUAGCCAGUGUUUGUGUUUACGAGCAGAGCUAG